AUGUCCAGUCACAACACCGAACUCGACGACUUCAUGCAGGGUCGGGAGUUCGAGGGACAUCUAGCUGUCUCCCGAUCUCCGUCUGCACCUCCCGAACCAGCACCAGAGCCUCAGACCAACAAGAAGCGAAAGGCUGAAAAGGAACCCGAGGCCAACAAGAAGCCCAAAGUCCUCGAGAACAAGGCGAUCUACCUUUCGAACUUGCCUCUCGACACCACCAGGGACGAGCUUCACGACGAAUGCAAGAAGUAUGGUAUCAUUGAUAAAGGCGCAAACGGCGAGCCCCGAAUCAAUAUGUAUAAAGAUGAUGAGGGCAACUUCAAUGGCACCGCCUUGGUCGUCUACUUCAAGAAGGAGUCGAUCCGCAACGCGGUCUUGAUGAUGGACGACUAUCCUCUUCGCCCCGGCGACACGAAGAACGGUCAUAUCCACGUCGAGCCUGCUAAGAUGGAGUUUAAGAAGGAGAAGGAUGGCGAUAAGGUUGCAUCGAAGCUAACGCGUUCCGAUCGUAAGGCGUCGGAGCGUAACAGGCAAGAGCUAAACCGCAAGCUGAACGAAUGGUCUGACAACGAGGAGGAAGUUGCUCAGACCUUCGUGGCGAAGAAAAACAAGUGGGCCAAGGUCGUCAUCAUCAAGAACGUCUUCACCUUGGAUCAACUCGAGACCGACCCGAAAGCCUACCUAGAGAUCAAGGAGGACAUGCGCGAGAAGGCUGAGGAGAUCGGCAAAGUGACCAAUACCACUCUGUGGGACAAAGAACCCAGGGGUAUCGUCACUGUCCGCUUCAGGGAAUUCGAGGACGCAGAGAAGUUCGUGGCCUGGAAGUUCGGCGGCAUUCGAUACAACAAGCGCUCUCAAGAGUUUUCGCUUGCCGAAGACAAGCCCCGCUUCAAGAAGUCUGGUCGUGGCGACUACUCUGAUAGCGAUGACGAGGAAGCGGUCCUGAACACGGCUUAG